UCCUGGGACCGUGCGGGGCCCAAUACGUGCCAGAUACUCUGGAAAUGAAGAUGAAUGGGAAGGCUCAGAACGUAUACCUCAGUGCAAAUGUCACCAUCCCCUGUACAUUGUAUGAACAUGAUUCUGUAAACCUGAACAUCAGUGUCAUUGGAAUCAGGUGGUUCCAGAGAAGGUCAAACUCUGACAAGGAAGACAAUGUCUUUGAGUACAAUGGAGGAAAACAGACUCAGUUCAGACCAGGAGCCAGCAUCUCACUGUCAGGGCUGAGGAAGGGAAAUGCCUCUCUCUUCUUGCCUUCUAUCCAACUUCAGGAAGCAGGAGAGUACAGAUGUGAAAUAAUCAUCCCUCCUAUCAAAGUGGAGAGAACAGCCAGAGUGGAUGUGGUUGGUGAGCGAGAAGGGACUUGGUCUCCAGUGUUCCACGUGUAUUGGAUGGCUCACAGUUGGAAAUCUCAGCCUCAAAUCACCUGGAAGAAAGUGAUUCCAAGAACUCACUCUCUGAUUGAGGACAAUGCUGAGUACAUCUACAGGACUUCCAUUAGGAAUAAUGGUGGUAUGUUCAAUGCCACCACCAGCUUGAUUCUGCACCCAAUUUUGGAAGACAAUGGAACCAUCUAUCAGACAUGGGAAGGAUUACUUUGUCUACAUGACGAUUUUCAUGAUCCUGCUUUUAUUUGUCUUGGCUGAAGUCAUCUAGUGUCUAUGUUUCAGGAAUGCCAGGACACCAACAAUAUCUGAGUCAGUGUGACUCAUGACAAAGUCAACGAGCCAGCCGUGUUGAGGUUUUCAUACUGAAACUUAUUUCCAAGAAUCUGGAAAUGCAAGAAUACAACGGUCGAAAUGAGGACAAACUUCAUCAGAAACGAUGAAGUGGACAGUUUCAGAGGAAAUAGGGAAGACGUUUAUGAACCGACAUAGAGUGAAGUGAGCAGGAUACAAUAAUGCAGCAUUGUGGGGGGAAGCAAACUUUGGAAGACUUUAGAAUCCUGAUCAACACAGUUAUGAACUUGGAGUACCAACAAGUGAAGAUAAAACACUCCCCUCCUGCUAGAGAAGUGAUAUACUUAAGAGACAGAAUGAGACACACAUGUUUGAAUAUGGCCAAUGUGGUAAUAUGUUUUGUGCUGCUGUGAAUAUUUUUAUGAUAGUAUUACUUUUUAAAAUUAAUUAUUGUAAUAAGAAGUUGGAGAGAUAAAAAUUGCUUAUAAAUUAAUUAAUUUAAAAAUAAGCCAAGGAUCCUGGAGCUGGACAACAGAAUAAAAAGAGACAAGUCUGUAAGUUGU